GUGAGAGGACGUGUCGCUGCUCCCUCGUGUUAUUUUCCCCGCUGCCACAGUUACUUCCCAGCCGCUGUGUGCCUCGGUGAUGGCGCCGAGCCUUCCUGGAUAAGUAACGCGUGUGACCAUCACAGUCCCAGUCGAGUGGGAGACAUGUGCUAGAGCUGGGUGGUGGUGUUGUUGUUGUUGAAGGUGCUCUUGCAAGAUGCUUGGACCAGUGGGCAUGCCCCGCGUCGGCCACUCGGUGACCUGGUCUGACCGCGAGGUCAGCAUCUUAUCGCCGCCCGUCCCGCAUAUCCUCGUCAGCGCCGAGAACGCCGCGAUCUCGCGCCUCGACCGAUACUUCGACCCUCAGCCGCCGCCUCGGCCGGCCAAGCCCGUGGGUCUGCUGCCCAAGCCGUGCCCCGCCCCGGCGGCCUCCAAACCCAACACACUGUCAAGUCUCAUGAUCGGGCCGCCGCCGCUUAUCGACGGCGCCGCCUGCAAGACGUCCACGUGGACGUACAAGCAAGUGACGACGGCACGUAACUCCGGGAUGUCUGAUGUGGAGAAGGGCGUGAGGUUCCGGCCGGAGCGGCGGGAGAGGCGGCCGGUGCAGAAACUACAGUGGCGGGACAGUGCUUGGUCGAGGGGCUUCAGCGCCCCUAAGGACGACUAUCUGGACCUCGACACCCGCAUAACGGCCUCGUCCUCGGCCGACGGGUCUCCGCGCCACGCCAUAAAGCGGGUCCUGCUCCUGACGGAGAACUACCAGUACCGCGACGCCGCCUCCUUCAUCCAUCGCCUCCCCGCCGCCACCUUCAAGGUCAUAGUGACGGACCUGCCCAUCGAGGUGCUGGUGGACGCCAUGCCCCACUCACUGCCCAUCGUCGAGGCCCUCUUCUGCAAGGUGAGCGACACGGCGCCCGUCGUGGUCGGCUCCACCCGCAUCCUGCGCCCGGAGGCCGUCGUCUGGCAGAUGGUGCGCUUCUUCGCCCAGCAGGAGGAGUGCCUGACGGGGGACAUCCGAUGGGAGUUCUGCGGACCCUUCGUCACCUCCUGCAAGAAGGUGCUGCGCGUCAUCGCUCGCUCCGAACCCAAGAUUCGCAAGAUCUUGCAACAGAGGCGCAAGCAGCUGGAAAAGGCCAUCGAGGGCAUGGGCCACCAUGGCCUCGUGGGCACCUCCGACGAGUCCCUCCAGAGCCUCCACGACGCCCUCAAGCUCGAGUUCGAGAAGGUGGUGAAGUCGUACACUCAGGCGCUGGAGAAGCUGGAGGAGCUGAGCCUGAGCAACAAGGCGUCGCUGCAGCGUAGCAUCAGCCACGGCCCGGCGCCCAUCCAGGCGUCGCACCAGCGGCAGCUGUCCAUCACGCAGGAGGAGGUGCAGCAGCGCCUCAUCAAGAACAAGACGCUGCUCAACGUGGUGGAGCCCACGCUCGGCAACCACUCCCUCGACCUCCUCCUCGGCAUCCUCCAGCGGAGGAUCGAGUACGACAAGGAGACACUCUUCCAGUUCACGCAGCUGCGCAAGGAGGCCAAGGAGGUGGAUGGUAACGCAGUCAUCGCGCCUAUCCUCAUGCGCUACACGCACGGAUGUGAACAGGUGAGAUGCGCAUCUGGGCGGCGCAUUAGCGCUUCAGUUCUUGUGGCUAAAUCUUUUUCGCUUGAACGACCCUUAAAACAUGCAGCUGGAGUUCAAAUUAACGACUGGGACUUGAUCGUGGUGGAGAGAGAGGUGUUCAAACAGCAUGUGUUGGUCCAGAGAGCGAGCAAGAUUUAA